UAAGUUGAGCAAGGCAAAAGCUGGAGUGGACGUGUCUUUUGAAACUGCUGCUGUUUCACUUCUCAGGCGUCACCGAGAGCUCAGCACCCAGGCUGAACUCUGUACCAUUUGGAAGAAUGGAAGCUGAUGCAUCUGUUGACAUGUUUUCCAAAGUCCUGGAGCAUCAGCUGCUUCAGACUACCAAACUGGUGGAAGAACAUUUGGAUUCUGAAAUUCAAAAACUGGAUCAGAUGGAUGAGGAUGAAUUGGAACGCCUUAAAGAAAAGAGACUCCAGGCACUAAGGAAAGCUCAACAGCAGAAACAAGAAUGGCUUUCUAAAGGACAUGGGGAAUACAGAGAAAUCCCUAGUGAAAGAGACUUUUUUCAAGAAGUCAAGGAGAGUGAAAAUGUGGUUUGCCAUUUCUACAGAGACUCCACAUUCAGGUGUAAAAUACUAGACAGACAUCUGGCAAUAUUGUCCAAGAAACACCUCGAGACCAAAUUUUUGAAGCUGAAUGUGGAAAAAGCACCUUUCCUUUGUGAGAGACUGCGUAUCAAAGUCAUUCCCACACUAGCACUGCUAAAAGAUGGGAAAACACAAGAUUAUGUUGUUGGGUUUACUGACCUAGGAAAUACAGAUGACUUCACCACAGAAACUUUAGAAUGGAGGCUCGGUUCUUCUGACAUUCUUAAUUACAGUGGAAAUUUAAUGGAGCCACCAUUUCAGAACCAAAAGAAAUUUGGAACAAACUUCACAAAGCUGGAAAGGAAAACUAUCCGAGGAAAGAAAUAUGAUUCAGACUCUGAUGAUGAUUAGAGCUCAAUAAUUCUUUGUAAAUUGUCUUUUUUUUCUGCUUCAGAUUUAAAUGUGUUUUUAAAAUUCUAUUAAUGUCUAUACAUUGGUCACCUAAAUACUCAUAUUCUCAAGUUUUAUACAGUUGUAUCACAUCGGAAAAAAAAA